UCAAAAUAAAUAAAUAAAUAAAUAAUAGUAAUACAUAAUUAUUGUCUGAACAUUUCGACGUUGUGCUCUGCGAACUGCUUAACCCGUGCAUCAUGUGAUGUUCUACGUGAAAUGCCACACCCUUACAAUUGUUAUGUAAAUAAGCAAAGAGCAAGCUUUUGAGCACUCAUUGGUCAGACUUGAAAUACAGUUCUACAACUGGUGCAGCGUGGACUACAAGCUAAUGCUCAACAAGUGGCUUGUGGACAGAGUUGCGAGUUCUCCUAAUAGCUGUGAUUGAGAAGCUUUCCACUCCGUUUUUACUUUAUUUUAGAAAAACAUCCAACUUUGUGAGCAUUCAAAGAAAUGAUCAUGCAUGUUGAAAUUAUUUUCUGAUAUCUGCUUUUUGGCGUUUCAUUCCGUCACAGGAUCCCGGCUGUAAAGAGACUUCACCUGCGCCGGAUUUGUUUGACCUGAUUAGAUUAGUUCGGCCACUUUUAAUUGGCUGCUUUACGCACUGAGAGUAGUUGAGACUCCAAGUGUGUAGCACGAUGUACAGCAUGAUGGAGCAUGAGCUGAAGACCGCGGGUCAUCCUCACUCUCACCAGAACGGUCUAGGGAUGUGUCCCCCGGUCAGCGGGGUUGGAUCAAAAACGGCCUAUCCGCCCGGCGGGGACCCCAUGGACAAAGUGAAGCGCCCCAUGAAUGCGUUUAUGGUCUGGUCUCGGGGUCAGCGGAGAAAGAUGGCACAGGAAAACCCCAAAAUGCACAACUCCGAGAUAAGCAAACGUCUCGGGGCGGAAUGGAAACUUUUGACGGACGUGGAGAAGCGGCCGUUCAUCGAUGAGGCCAAAAGAUUGCGCGCCGUACACUUGAAGGAAUAUCCCGAUUAUAAAUACAAGCCUCGGCGCAAGACUAAACCUCUCCUCAAGAAGGACAAUCCCGUGGGCAAAUAUCAUCUUGCGCCUGGCAACCUGUUGGCAUCCGCCGUGGCACAGGGACAAGGUGGGAGCCCGAGAAUGGACUGUUAUGGCUGGGGUCACACAGGUGGUUAUAUGGGCAUGCAGGGGGAAACUCUGGGAUACCCGCAGCAAAUGCAUCGUUACGACCUGUCAGCUCUUCAGUACCCUCCGACACAGACCUACAUGAACGGCGCCAGCUCUUACAGCCAAAUGUCCUAUAGUGGCAGCCCUCAGCAGCCCAGUCCAGUGAUGUCUAUGGUCAAACCAGAACCCUUAUCCCAUUCCCCUACUGGAGCACCAAACCACCACCGUGGGGCUUUCCAAGGGGAUCAGAGGGACAUGAUCAGCAUGUAUAUUCCAGAGGGUUACACCGGCGAUGGCUCAACCCAGAGGGCCUACCAUGGUGUCCAGCAGCAUUAUCUUGGUGGAACGGUUCCCCUUACUCACAUCUGAAGUUUGGAAAACAAGCUGGACCCCUACUAGGACCAUUGUGCCAUACAUAGCCUUUAUGGAUUGCUGAUGGAUAAGAACUUCUGGUUAUUUGCUACCUCGAAGUAUGCUGAAUCUUUGUAGAAAAUGUAGCUGUUUGAGUCUGUUUUCUCACUGUUUCACACCAUGUCCUAAUUUCUCAUGAUGGACCUCAUCAGUUUGCUUUUUUUUUUUUUUUUUUUUGUUU